UUCAGAUUUUCCUUUGGGGCUGGAGGGUCCACGGGCUUUAAGGGUGAUUACAAAACACGAAGAUUUGUGUGCCUUCAUGGGUAAGCACAGGUGCCAGUCUGGAAGAGUGAUAGACUGUGUUGCAGGAGAUGGACGUCAGCCUGUACAAAUGGUCCUCACUUCAUUAGAAGCAAUGAAGUGACAACAGCUUACGUUAAAUGAGGACCUGGCACACUGCUUUCCAUAGGAAGCCGAAAAAGCUGACGGGACACAGAGACCACACAAGUUGUUGAGCUUUGUGAGCAUUUCAUGUAUGUAUAUUGCUGUAUGGGCACACAAUGGUGCAUGCAAGAGGUUGUGAUGGUCUUGCCAGUUGCUAUGAAAUAGGACUUUGACAAAUUUCAAGUCUUUGAACCACCAACCGGGCAGACAAACCUAUGUCAAGUUAAGGGUAAAUUGGGUGAGAGGCAGCAAAAUGUCACAGCCCCCAGGGUCUUCUGUAAUUGAGUUGUUCUUCGAGCUCCUGCCUAGGAAACGUUGGCAGCAUUGACUGUAGAGCUGUCCGACACCAGGUCGGGAUGUGCCCCUCUGGACUGCAACCUAGACGGGGAUGUGUCUUGGGGAGAUGGCCCACGGUGGCCACGUUUCUCUCAGUGCAUUUUGUUUGUGAGGAUGAAGUUACCUAACUGGGCUGGACGAUGCCCUGAGGAAUCUGAUCGGACUGUGCAGUCAGCCCCGCUUGGAGCAGGAGGGGAGGCCAGGUCGCCUCUGGAGACCCUUCCAAGCUCCAUUUUUCUAUGAUGUUGAAAAGCACAGGAACAUCUCCCUAGUCUCAUGGGGUAAUCUUUGUUAGGUUUUACUCCAGAGGGAGGCAUAUUGAGUUGAUACAGACUGGAAAAGCACCUUUAGUUUAGUAACGCAGUGUAUUUCCACUGUGUGGUUGAUACUAGAUAUGCGGCUGACUCGAGGACCUCUAGCCAGGGAGCUUAGAGCUUGGGAGAUGGGAAAUCUUUAAGCAUUUUCCCUGGUCAGUUCAUUUAAAAGCUGUGACUCUCUCUCCUCUCUUGUAAAAUGAGGAUGGCAGUCCACCCAUGAGAAAUGCCAUCAAUGGUAAAAAUCAUUGUUGGUGGGGGCUGGCGAGGUGCUCGGGCAGAUGAAGCAAUGCAUGCAAAGUUAUAGCAGUAUCACACUAGUAACGGUUAAGAAGCUAACACUGAGAAGUUUUUGCUGAACUUUACAUCUAAAAAAGAGGUUAAAUCUAUGUCUCGUAGCUAUGCCUCAGCCUGUAAUAAUCUGUCAGUUGCAUAACAGCUGUGAAAUGACUUGUUUUACUACCUGGCAGCAAGGAGCGUUGCCACGGUCCUUGAGAGCCUCCUGUGAAAGCAGGCUGGCAGCUCGGCGCCACCACACACCGCCGAACUUUACGUCUGGCAGGGAACUCAGGCCACACGCCUGUAUCUUGGGGUUUCCAAACCCACGUAGGGUUUAGGCCAGAUUUCCCUUUUUUCCCUUCUCCCCAAGGAAAGUCUGACCAGUUGAACAUGCUGCAAAGGGUCAGCUCACUACCGUCCCUAUUACAAGGCAGUUUCUAGCAGGGGGGAGGCUUAAACCUUACCAGAACAGAACACCUUCCCCUUCAGGGAAUAGUAAGACACCCAUGUGCGUCUUUAAAAGCUGGACUCGGAGCAAGUUCUCUGUAGCUAGAGGCCUCUGCAAACCGCUGGUUAGGACCCAGAAAAUAAAAGCAUGUCCUGAAUUGAGCUAAACAGAGCCCGGAUUGUUCCGAGUCCAGUCGCUCACGUCACCUUCUAUUGAAUAUCGUGAGGACAGUACGUUUCUUUUCUACAUCAAAGAGGAGAGGAGGGGGAGGAAAACCAAACUAAGCCCCCGCUUCCUCUGUGAGGAGUCACGCGGAUAGGAAACCAAAAAAAUGGGGAACUGAACGAUAGCAGAGAUCCGUCAGGAGCCAGCAUGGGAAAGGGCAUCCGCCCUAGGGACAUGUCUGUAUGCCUGUGAGCAGAGCUGAUUGGAAAACAGAUUUUAGUCUUGUAGAAAAUGACAGGUUUGUAUUGAAACAUGUCAAAACCUUCUAAAAUAUUUUUAGGAGAGGCAAGUACGUGCACCAACAGUACCUCUUAGCAGGAAACCUAACUUUGUCAGGAAACUUUGGAACGUUCAUGACACCUUAAGCUUUAACCCAGCAAUGGGAGUCCUCGGGGGACUGAGCGGGGUGGGCUCGGCUGCUGCUGGGGAGAGCGCUCCAGGGCGGCCAACGGCUUGAGGGAGCGCGGCUCUGAGCACAGGAGGAGGCAGUGACCCUUCCCCAGACCCCUGAGCACCUCUUGGUCUGUCCUGGCACCUUCAGUGAAUCCCCAGGGUACAGCAGAGCUGUUCUCCCUGCUGUACAGAUUGAAAGGUGGAGAUCAAAGCUUCGGCACAGGCAAUCCCAGGGCCUGGGUCGUGCUCCCUCUGAAGUCAGGACUGGUCCUGGCAUUGUCAUUAAGGGCUCUGUCCUCUCCUUUCAGCUCACACCAUGGCGAGUCUGUAUCCGUUCUGGCAGAAUGACACGAAAACGCCCAAAGUUGAUGAUGGAAGCUCUCCUGAGAUUAAGCUCUCUGUCCCGUUCAUCUUUUUUGGAGCCCCGUACAGAACCAUUUAUGUCAACAACAAUGGUGUGAUCUCCUUCAACGUGCUAGUGAGCCAGUUCACCCCGGAAGCCUUCCCCCUCUCGGACGGCCGAGCCUUCCUUGCUCCGUUUUGGGCAGAUGUGCACAACGGGAUCCGAGGAGAGAUCUACUACAGGGAGAGCACAGACCCCGAGCUGCUGAAGAGAGCCUCCAAAGACAUCCGCAAGUACUUCAAAGACAUGUCCUCUUUCUCCGCCAUCUGGAUCUUCACCGCCACCUGGGAGGAAGUCACUUUCUACGGAGGGAGCAGCACGACUCCAGUGAACACUUUUCAAGCUGUCCUGAUCACAGAUGGCGUGUCUUCCUUUGCCAUAUUUAACUACCACGAAAUCAGCUGGACUACAGGGACAGCCAGCGGAGGGGAUCCCCUGACGGGACUUGGUGGUGUGAUGGCCCAGGCUGGAUUCAAUGGAGGAAAUAUCACCAAUUUCUUCAGCCUCCCAGGUUCCAGAACACCAGACAUAGUCAAUAUUGAAGACACAACCAACGUUAACGUCCCUGGGCGCUGGGCUUUCAAAAUAGAUGGCAGAGAAAUAGAUCCAGCCCGUGGCUGCAGCCUGAGAGGGCAGUUUCUCCGUCAAGGAGAGAUCUUCUGGGACAAUGCAAACUGCACCACCAAGUGCCGCUGCCUGGACUUCAACAACGAGAUCUUCUGCCAGGAGGUGGCUUGCGGCCCCUUUGAAGCGUGUGAGCCGAAGAUCAAGUUCUUCCAGUGCGUGCCCGUGGAGAGCAGCACCUGCGUGGUGUUCGGAGAUCCGCACUACCACACGUUCGACGGCUUCCUCUUUCACUUCCAGGGUUCCUGCUCCUACCUCCUUGCCAGGCAGUGCUGGCCAGGGUCCAAGCUGCCCUACUUCAACGUGGAGGCUAAGAACGAGAACCAAGGCGGCUCCUCCGUCUCCUGGCUGAAGGAUAUCUUUGUGGAGGCUUAUUCGCACAAGAUUGUCCUCCCCAAGGGCAGCUUUGGGAAAGUAAAGGUUGAUGGCUUGGUGAUGUCCUUACCCAUCUCCCUGAAGCUGGGCGCAAUCAAAGUUUACCAAAGCGGCUUCUCUACAGCCUUAGAGACUGAUUUUGGCCUUUUAGUGACCUACGAUGGACAACACUAUGCUUCCAUCUCUGUCCCGGGCACAUACAUCAACGCGACAUGCGGUCUCUGUGGAAAUUACAAUAAAGACCCCGAAGACGAUACCCUUCGCUCAGAUGGGCGAUUAGCGGCAUCCGUGCUGGACCUGGGAGAGAGCUGGCGUGUGUACCACCCAGAGCGGAAAUGCUCCCCGGGCUGCUUGGAAAACUGCAGCCUCUGCGAUGCCACCAUGGAGUCUCUGUAUUUCACUUCUGAAUACUGCGGCUUCAUCAACAAGAGCAGUGGCCCACUGUGGGAGUGCAGUGCUGUUGUGGACCCCACGGCCUUUGUGCACAGCUGCGUCUACGACCUCUGUGGCUCCCGAGAUAACGGCACCGGCCUGUGUCAAGCCAUCCAAGCAUAUGCCCUGGUGUGCCAGGCCCUGGGCAUCCCGGUGGGAGACUGGCGCACCCCGACAGGAUGCGCGACAGCCAUGCAGUGCCCGGAGUUCAGCCACUAUUCUGUCUGCACUAGCAGCUGCCCAGCCACAUGCUCGGACCUCGCUGCCCCGCUGGCCUGCAGGUCCCCGUGCACUGAGGGCUGCGAGUGUGACGAAGGCCACGUGCUCAGCACGGACCGGUGCGUCCCUGUGCAGAAGUGCGGCUGUGACGUUGAUGGCCGAUACUACGCUGUCGGGGAGUCUUUCUGGGCUGCCGCGGACUGCACGGUGGAGUGCCAGUGUGAGGACGACGGGGAGGCUAGGUGCUUUAAUACAACCUGCCAGGAAGGUGAGAUCUGUGCUAUUGAAAACGGCUACCAGGGCUGCUAUCCCAAGCGGGAGACCGUGUGUUUCGUGGGGCAGAAUCAGGUGCUGCAGACAUUUGAUGGCGUAGCGUUCCUCUAUCCGCUGGAACACUCCUACACGCUGCUGAAAACAUGCCCGGAGAGACCAGGCUUCAUUGAAGUAGACAUCAGCCAAAAGAAGCCGGGGUCUACUCCUAAUGGGCUCCGCACCGUGAGGAUCCAGGCUGUCAACCAAGAGGUCAAGAUUGGAGGCACUAGCCCAUCAGAGAUCAAGGUGAAUGGCUACGAUGUGGAGCUGCCGUAUUCCCACCCUUCUGGCCGAAUGGAAAUUUACCGUAGCAAAAACGGCACUGUGAUGGAGUCAGAGGGACUCCUGAGCAUCCAAUACUACGAUUCGGGCCUCCUGGAGAUACGCCUCUCCACCGCCUACUUCAACUGUACCGGAGGUCUGUGUGGCUUCUUCAAUGACAACAGCAGCGACGAGUUCUGCCUCCCUAAGGGCAAGUGCACGGACAACCUAGAGCUCUUCUUGGAGAGCUGGACCACGUUCGACGAGAUCUGCAACGGGGAGUGCGGGGACCUCCUCAAGGCCUGCAGCAAUGACUCAGAGUUGCUGAAGUACUAUAGGAGCCGCUCCAAAUGCGGCAUCAUCAAUGACCCCACCAACAGCUCCUUCCUGGAGUGCCACAGCGUGGUCAACGUCUCAGCCUACUACAGAACGUGCCUCUUCCGUCUCUGCCAGAGCGGCGGCAACCAGUCAGAGCUCUGCGACUCUGUUGCUCGCUACGCCAGCGCCUGCAAGAACGCGGAGGUGGACAUCGGCCAGUGGAGGAGCUACAGCUUUUGUCCCCUCACCUGCCCAGAGAACAGCCAUUUUGAGGAGUGCAUGACCUGCACGGAGAUCUGUGAAAUGCUAGCGACGGGCCCUGUCUGCACAGACAGCUGCGCAGAAGGCUGCCAGUGCGAUGACGGCUUUGCCCUCCAAGGCACCCGCUGCGUUCCCCGCAGUGAGUGCGGCUGCAAUUUCGAGGGGCGCCAGCUGGCCACUAACCAGACCUUUUGGAUGGACAUCUCAUGCCACUUCCUCUGCUACUGCAAUGGCUCUGACAACAGUGUGUACUGCGAGAAUGUCCCCUGCAAGGACGACGAAUACUGCCUGGAGGAGAAUGGCCUCUACUAUUGCCGCAUCCGCACCGACGCCUCCUGCAUUGUUUCUGGCUAUGGACACUACCUGACUUUCGAUGGCUUCUCUUUUGACUUCCAGAGCAGCUGCGCUUUGGUUCUUUGCACCACGAUCUCCCGGCCGAGGUCAGAGAGAUCGGACACUUUCCCCACGUUCACCGUCACCGCCAAGAACGAGGAUCGGGACCCAUCCCUGGCCCUGUGGGUGAAACAAGUGGAAGUGGAGGUCUUCAAUUACAACAUAGUCAUCCACCGUGCCUACAAAUACACAGUGCUGAUUAACAACGAACGUCUCUACCUGCCUCUGAAGCUGGGCCAGGGUAAAGUGAACAUUUUUGCUUUUGGCUUUCACAUUGUGGUUGAGACCGACUUUGGGUUGAAGGUGGUAUAUGACUGGAAGACCUUCCUUUCCGUCACCAUCCCACGUAGCUUCCAGAACCUGACCUAUGGCCUCUGUGGCCGCUACAACGGCAACCCCGAGGAUGACCUGGUGGCCUCCAGUGGUCUGGCGGCAGCUGGUGUCACGGACUUUGGCCAGAGCUGGGUCAAGCGGGACACGUUCUGCCAGGUGGGCUGUGGUGACCGCUGCCCAGCCUGUGGGAAAGUGGAAGGCUUCUGGAAACCUCAGCAACUGUGCAGCCUCAUCCCCAGCCAAAGUGGUGUCUUUGCGAAGUGCCACAGCAAGAUCAGCCCCAGCUUCUUCUACAAGAACUGCCUCUUUGACACCUGCAUUGACGGGGGAGCCAUGCAAACGGCCUGCAGUUGGCUGCAGAAUUACGCCAGCACAUGCCAGACCCAGGGAAUUGCCAUCACUGGCUGGAGGAACUUCACCUCAUGCUCCGUCAGCUGUCCCCCCAACAGCCACUACGAGAGCUGCGUGUCCCUGUGCCAGCCCCGAUGCGCUGCCAUCCGUCUGAAAAGUGACUGCAGCCAUUACUGCGUGGAGGGGUGCCAGUGCGACCCGGGGUACGUCCUGAACGGCAAGAGCUGCAUCCUUCCCCACAACUGUGGCUGCUACUCAGAUGGCAAAUACUACGAGCCCAAGCAGCUGUUCUGGAACAGUGACUGCACACGCCGGUGCCGCUGUUUCCGGCGCAACCUCAUCCAGUGCGAUCCGCGGCACUGCAAGUCUGACGAGGAGUGCCCCCUCCGCAACGGCAUCCGUGGCUGCUUCAGCACCAAGAGCUCCUUCUGCCUGGCGGCGGGGGGCGGCGUUUUCCGCACGUUCGAUGGAGCCUUUCUGCGCUUCCCAGCCAACUGUGCCUUUGUCCUCUCCACCAUCUGCCAGAAGCUGCCUGACUUCUCCUUCCAGCUCAUCAUCAACUUUGACAAAUGGUCUUCGCCCAACCUCACCAUCAUCUCCCCUGUUUAUUUCUACAUCAAUGAGGAGCAGAUCCUUAUCAGUGACAGGAACACCGUCAAGGUGAACGGCAGCCAGGUGAGCAUCCCCUUCGUCACUGGGCUUUCCACCAAGAUCUACAGCCUGGAGGGCUUCCUGGUCAUCGACUCGAGCCCCGACAUCCAGAUCCGCUACAACGGCUUCAACGUCAUCAAAAUCAGCAUCGGGGAGCGGCUGCAGAACAAGGUGUGUGGCCUUUGCGGCAACUUCAACGGCGACCGGACAGACGACUACGUCACGCUGCGGGGGAAGCCUGUUGUCAGCAGUGUGGUGCUGGCCCAGAGCUGGAAAACCAACGGCAUGCAGAAGAGGCCAGGCAAAUCUGGACUCUGCAUUGUGUGUCGCUCCCACAGCUGUAACGAGCUGCAGUACUCUCAGUACGCUGCGUCCUGCGACAAUGUCCAGAUCCAGGUGCUACAAAGCGACAGCUACUGCCUGAAGCUGACGGACAUGAAAGGCUUCUUUCAGCCCUGCUACGGCCUGCUGGAUCCCUUGCCUUUCUACGAGUCCUGCUUUCUGGAUGGCUGCUACAAUCACAAGAAAUUCCAGCUGUGCGGCUCGCUCGCUGCCUAUGGAGAGGCCUGCCGCACCUUCGGCAUCUUGGGCACCGAGUGGAUUGAGAAGGAGAAUUGCUCAGGAGUGGUGGAAGACCCCUGUGUGGGCGCCGACUGUCCCAACCGAAGCUGUGAGCUGGACAACGGUGGGGAGCUGUGCGGCUGCAUCGAGCCUCCGCCCUACGGAAACAACACACAUGACAUCAUUGAUGCCGAGGUGACCUGCAAAGCUGCACAAAUGGAAGUGUCGAUCUCAAAAUGCAAGCUCUUUCAGCUGGGCUUCGAGCGAGAAGGGGUGCGUGUCAACGACCGUCACUGCCCCGGCAUCGAAGGGGAGGACUUCAUUUCCUUUCAGAUCAACAACACCAAGGGGAACUGCGGGAACGUCGUGCAGUCUAACGGCACGCACAUUGUGUACAAGAACACGGUGUGGAUUGAAAGCGCGAACAACACAGGCAACAUCAUCACCCGGGACCGAACCAUCAACGUGGAGUUUUCCUGCGCCUACGAGCUGGACAUAAAAAUCUCUCUGGAUUCUGUCGUGAGGCCAAUGCUGAGUGUGAUUAACCUGACGGUCCCGACCCAGGAAGGCAGCUUCACGACCAAGAUGGCCCUGUAUAAAAAUUCGUCCUAUAAGCACCCCUAUCGCCAGGGUGAAGUCGUGCUGACCACCCGGGAUGUGCUCUACGUGGGAGUCUUUGUUGUCGGAGCAGACUCGACUCACUUGAUCCUGACGCUGAACAAAUGCUACGCAACACCCUCGCGGGACAGCAAUGACAAGCUGCGCUACUUUAUCAUUGAGGGAGGGUGCCAAAACAUGAAGGACAAUACCAUCGGCAUCGAGGAGAACGGGGUGUCAUUGACUUGUCGCUUCCAUGUCACCGUCUUCAAGUUCAUCGGGGAUUACGAUGAAGUUCACCUCCACUGUGCUGUCUCGCUCUGUGACUCGGAAAAAUACUCAUGCAAAAUAAACUGCCCUCAGAAUAGCCGAACGGCCAGGGAUUUCACCAAAGAGCCCAAGGAGCAGAUCCUGUCGGUGGGGCCUAUUCGGCGGAAGCGGUCGGACUGGUGUGAAGACAACGGAGGGUGUGAACAGAUCUGCACAAGCAGGGCAGACGGGCCUCUGUGUAGCUGCGUCACGGGGACGCUGCAAGGGGACGGCAAGAGCUGCAGAGCUUCCAGCUCUUCAGGGGAACCCCAAGCCUGGGUCACUGUCCUCACAGUCACCCAGCUGUUGCUGUGGCUUUGUAUGUAUAAAUGGGACUUGACCUCAUAAGGGAUAGGUGGCUUUGUUGCC